AUGGCAGCUUCAACCGACAGCGAUGCCGGAGGGCCUACACUUCCCGGCCCUCGUCUGCCAAUCGAGCUGACAACCAUGAUCCUGCAGUCAUUGCGAGGAGACUUCAAAACCCUAGCUUCAACAGCGCUGGUUAACAAGGCUCUCUGCGAAGAAUCGCGACGUCUCUUGUACAGAAAUGUCGGACAUCCUUCGCGCAAACGUUCUCCUCGAGCUGAUACGAUCGCACUCUUGAUAAAUCCUUUGCUCUCAAAAUACGUGCACUCGUACACUCUCGCGCAUGCACAAAUGAUGGCCCCACCAGUGCAGCAUACCGCACCCCUGGCCCCAGGUCCUGCCUUGGACGCGAUGGUGAACCUGGAGCAUCUCGACCUCAUACUCUACCGUAGGAUUCCCAACAACUUCCUUGAAGGUUGUCUCUUCCAGCUCGAAAGUUUUUCGUGGAUAGACUGUGCCUUCGGAUGGGAGAAAAUUUAUUGUUUCUUUCAGACGCAGAAGAAGCUUCGCAAGCUCGAAUUCGAUGCUAGCGACGGCGUUGGCGUCGUGCCCUCCUUUCCCUUGCCGGCUUGUCCCAACCUCCAGUACCUCAGAAGCACCCCAGAUAUUAUUCAAGCCACCCUUCCAGGCCGGAAUAUCACCAUUCUCGGUUUCGUGGUCAUUGAUUUGCCGGAGGAGGAAAUUGAACUAAACUUCGACCAUUUGUCAAAGGAACUCAGUCAAAUCAAGGCUCUGUCGUUUCUAGCAACUCCAGAAAGCCCGCGUUUCUCGUCCAUAUCCAAGGAUCUUUACAAGAAUCUUCAGUACUUAGAAAUGUUUCCUGCGGAUUCUGACGUCCUAGAGACGCUACCCCAAUUCAUUUCGCUUGUAGGACUCAUCUUCCCAACCCAUCCAGAGAUGGACGACGAUUUAUCCUAUCUUCAGGCGCCUGAGGAGACGGGUAGAUUUUUUGUCCUUUGCCCGACUCUCCAGUUCAUUGACAUCCAAGCCAACGACCACCCGAUUGACAGGAAAUUCGAACGGUGGGUUCCUGGAACCCAGCGAGAUGUGGGAAAGAAGUUGUCCGAAGAGUGUUUCUUUUCGUCACAUAUCGAAGACCAUUUGAAGUGCUAA